AUGUUAGAACCUGCACUGGCUUGAUGAUCGGAUCGCAGUUCCCAGGCUAUAUACUACGUGGUCAAUCAUUAGCGGAGCGUCACUGGUCAACCCAUUGGUUGUGUGCCGUUCACAAGUCCAUUUCAUUCUGUGCUCUAUGUCUCACCCCCCACCAGACCUUGACCUUCUCAUCUCUGCGUAUCUCUUCCUUUUAAUAACUGGGGGUCAUGUUCUAUUGCCGGUCAUCAUCACCACUGCCCUACUUCAUAAGAAGUUGUCCUGGCAUCCAACCUUGAUCAACCUUUGCAUUACUUGGGUGAUCCACUCUGUAAUACAUUGUCUCUAUCUAUACGCAAGAGAAGACAUGCGUCAUCGCUACCGAACGGUUUGUUUGGUGCAAGCAGCUAUGGUAUAUGGAACCGCCCCGAUGGUCGCAGUAGCUGGUCUCGGUGUUGUUAUUCAUACGUGGACGACCAUUCAACAUUUUGAGCGCACCUUUGCUGAGAAGUUCCCUCGGUGGCUUUGCAGGUUCCUGAUAAUAUCAAUCACCGUAUAUUGUGUUCGCAGGGUUUUCAACCAGUGCAUGGAUUUUGAUAAAACUACACAACCGCUCCGCAAAGCCGUCGAAUGGUCUUUUCUGUACGACUUAUAUACAACCCCUAGCCUUGGCAGCUUCCUGCCUUCUGCGUUGUGAUGAUGACAUUGGUAUUGUGCUUUGAAGUGGCUAUCACCAUCCAAUACUACCGUACAUGGAAACGAAUCAAGAAUUCAUUCCCGCUCCUAGCACCUAG